CCUCCUUUAAAGGUCUUUUGUGGCAGAAAACAGGGCUUUGCGCCCCUCGUCUUGGGGCUCUUCCCACCAUGCACCGUACACGGUUUCUGAAUCUGGGUGUCAGUGGUCAUGGUCAGACUGUGUUCUGGAGGAUCCUCCAGGGUGCCUUGAGUCUGAGUGUCAGGACUGUCACAGGCGUUCUGUCUCUCGUUUGACUAAACUUCUUCGAAGUGGUAGUGUUAAAGAAAAACAUGACUGACAACUUGCUGAGACAGUGAGAAAGACUUCAUUCAAGACUUGCAUGGGGAGAUUGACAGCCUCCGGUAGAGUGAAGACCCUUCCAGGAGUUUCAUUAUGGGCGUGAGAGGCUUGCAGGGGUUUGUGGGAAGUAGCUGCCCACAUGUCUGCACUGCGGUAAACUUCAAAGAGCUGGCGGAGCGCCACCGGAGCGAGCAUCCCGGAUGCACUCCCACCGUCGUGGUGGACGCCAUGUGUUGCCUCAGAUACUGGUACACGCCAGACUCUUGGAUCUGUGGUGGCCAAUGGCGAGAGUACUUUUCCUCUUUGCGAGAAUUUGUGAAAACUUUUACAACUGCUGGCAUCAAGUUGAUAUUCUUCUUUGAUGGCAUGGUGGAACAGAACAAGAGAGAUGAGUGGGUGAAGCGAAGACUCAAGAACAACAGGGAGAUAGCCAGGAUUUUUCAUUACGUCAAGUCCCACAAGGAGCAGCCUGGCAGGAACAUGUUCUUUAUCCCCUCGGGGCUGGCCAUAUUUACGCGGUUUGCUCUGAAGACCCUGGGUCAGGAGACUCUGUGUUCAUUACAGGAGGCCGACUACGAGGUGGCUUCCUAUGGCCUCCAGAACCACUGUCUCGGGAUUCUUGGAGAGGACACAGACUACUUAAUUUACAACACCUGUCCCUACUUCUCAAUCAGCGAGCUGUGCCUGGAGAGCCUGGACACCAUCAUGCUGUGCCGGGAGAAGCUCUGCCAGAGCCUGGGGCUCAGCCUGUGCGACCUGCCUCUCCUGGCCUGCCUGCUGGGCAACGACAUCAUCCCGGAGGGCAUGUUUGAAAGCUUUCGCUACAAGUGCUUGUCUUCCUACACCUCCGUCAGAGAGAACUUCGACAAAAAAGGUAACAUCAUCUUAGCUGUAGCAGACCACAUAUCUAAAGUUCUUCACUUGCAUCAAGGUGAGAAAAAACUAGAAGAGAUGUUACCUUUGGGACCAAAUAGAGCUCUUUUCUACAAAGGAGUUGCAUCGUAUAUUUUGCCAGGACAGAAAUCUCCAUGGUUUUUCCAGAAACCUAAAGGUGUAGUAACUUUGAACAAGCAGGUAGUAUCCAUGUGUACAGACCCUGACUCCAAUCAGAAAUUACUUAUCGGUACAGACUCUGAAUUUAACCUAGAAGCACCCAUGUGUACAGACCCUGACUCCAAGCAGGAAGUUCUCAUAUGUACAGAUCCUGAAUCCACGCAAGAAGCUUCCAUUUGUACACACCCUGAAAUUAAACAAGAAGACCCCAUGGAUACGGAGCCUGAAAUCAAGCAACAAGUAACCAUGGUUUCAGAUCCUGAAAUCUUAAAGGUCGCCAGAGCACAUCACGUCCAGGCGGAGAGCUACCUGGUGUACAACGUCCUGAGCAGCGGGGAGGUGGAGUGCGGGAACAGCCUGGAGGACGCGCUGGACCGCACCCUGCCCGGCCAGGCCCAGGUAUACCGGCCUGUGCGGCAGCGCGUCUACUCCCUCCUACUGGGGGGCAGCCAAGGUGAUGCCAGCACCUGUCCCACUGUCAAGGAGUGGUUUGUGUACUCUGGGAACCCACUGAGGCACCCGGACCUCGUCAGACCUCUGCAGAUGAACAUUCCAGGGGGAACGCCUAGCUUGAAACUAUUGUGGCUGAGCACAGAGCCAGGAAUACAAGUCCGGCGCCUGGACGCGCUCCUGGCUUGUUUCGACCUUUCGUCCUUGAAGGAAGAGCUGCAGGCGUUGGAGAGCCCCUUCCAGGCUCUGUGCUGCCUCCUGAUCUACCUCUUUGUGCAGGUGGACGCGCUCUGCCUGGAGGACCUGCAUGCCUUCAUUGCGCAGGCCCUGUGCCUCCAAGAAAAGUCCACUGCACAGCUCAUGGACUUGCAGCUGGACCACGUUGACCCCAGGGCUGUGCAGCUGGGCUCCCUGCUGGUCCGUGGCCUCACCACCCUGGUGCUGGUCAACAGCGCCUGCGGCUUCCCCUGGACAGCAGCCGACUUCAUGCCCUGGAACCUGUUUGAUGGGAAGCUUUUUCAUCAGAAGUACCUCCAGUCUGAGAAAGGGCAUGCUGUGGCGGUUCUCGUAGAACAAAACAGGUCCCGGCUCACCACGUUCCACACCCUGAAGUCGAUCGUGUGCAAGGCCUGCGUGAAGGAGGACAGACCGGUCGUCAGCAGGCGGCACUGGCGUGCACACCACUCAGGGCGGUGGGGACGGCAGGGCUCCAGCUCCCACAGGACGAGCUCCGGGCACAGCCGGUCUGGCCAAGGACAGCACUGGAGAGACCAGGGGCCAGGAAGUAGACAGCAUGAGCCUGACCAGUGGAGAAGAUACUAGUCAUCUUCUGGGCUCAGCUUAGACUUGGUCACAGCAGUGCGUGCGAAGACCCCAGGCACCUGACAGGACACCCACAGGACGUGUGGAGAGAUGGCAGUGGCUGAGUCGGGACGCCCCACGUACUGUGCCACUGACGGACGGGCACUCGCUGCUCUUUGUGUGUGAGCAUGGAGGGGCUCUUGCUGUUGAAAAAUACUUUAAGUGAAUCCAAGUUCAGAGCAACCCCUUUCAUAGAAGAAUUUGCAGAUAACCCAAGAAUUGAGUUUUAAGCCCCAAAUUGCUCUGAGCUCAACCUCCAGGGUGUUGGUAGUGGAAGAAAAUCUAGGUUAAGUUUGGAAGACUGGCCCUCCAUUCCCAGCUGCCUCCUUCAGGCCUGGAGAGCUGGUGUGACUAGCAGGUCCCCUGCGGGGCCACACUCCAUGACUAAGGAUAGCCCAGCACUCAGAAAUGCUCACUGGUGUUCACAGGACGAGUCCUUCCAGUUCAUGUCCUUAAAAACAGGGUAAGCCCUGAGCGUAUGCAGCCCAGUUUGUCUCUCCACAUAGUGCGGUACCCUGACUGACAGCUGGUGGCUCCUGGCUUUGUCAUGUUUUAAAACCCCAUCUAGUAUUUACCAAAACAGGGAUACAGUCUCCUAAUACUUUAAUAAACUUGUGGCUCUUACAUUUGAAGUAUCCUCGCUACUCUCUGCAGCUCCUCCUGAAGGACAUUGUGUAUCUAGUUACUUUCCACGCAGCCUGUAGGACCUACACCCUUGUUUCCCAGCUUUGGAAAUAGAUUUUUUUCAUUCCACUUAUAUGAGUGUUUCCUAUCUAAAUUUUAACAUUCUAUUCCUGUCAUUUUUGCCAGCUUGAGACUACUACUGCUUCUUGAAGUUUCAUUUCUUUGCUGUUUAUUUGUAUAACUUUGAAAUAAAUUUCUCAUGCCUUAAA